GUGCACUCUCUCGCCGUCACAAAACGUGUUCUGCCGACAUUGACAGUUCCCAACAUGUCGUCCUCACUUUGGGCGGCGGCCGCGCAAAAUAGCAUUGGAAAUAAACAGACGGCCGGCAUCGCGCCAGGCGCCUUUAGUGCCAUCGCGCCAGCAAGGUCGUUCGGUGACUUAUCUCGGCCAAGUGGCGGAACCUCUGUCUUCGACGCUCCUUCUGGGAGCAAUGACUUCGAUAUGUCUGGUCUAGAGAGCGAGGCGGCUGUUUUGGGUGGUGGAUCUGGUCAGAAUGCGUUUGGUGCUGCGCGACCAGUCGUGAACGCUUUCGGAGGGUCGACAUCGUUCAGUCAACCCAACCCCAGUUCCUUCCCACCAUCAUCUCAGCCAUCUGCAAAUGCCUUCGGUCAACCAUCCCAACGUGCAGAAAGCGCAUAUAUGCAGCCUUCUCAAGGUUCCACAAAUGCCUUUGGCCAGCCUACAACUUCCAGCUUUAGCCAAGCGAGACCAUCUGCGUUUGGACCGGGCGGUUCGGGUAUGGCUACUACAACACAGUCUGCGUUCGGACCCGGAAGGUCGGGAGUGCCAAGUGCUGUACCUGCUCAGACAACAAGCGGAUCUGCAUUUGGACCUGGGGGAAUGGGUCCUCCGUCAGGGGCAACCAUGACGUUUGGCAGGCCGGCGCAGAGCACAUUCGGUCAGCCAGCGGCACCCCCGCCCAUGACUUUCGGUACUCCUGCUCAGAGUACCUUUGGACAGCCGACAAAUCCGUCUGUAUUUCCUCAGUAUAGAUCACCCGCCCCUCCACCCGCUCCAAGGUCUGGAUAUGUGUCUACACCAGUGUGGAACCAACCAGCUCCAGCAGUGCCAGGGCUCGGCCAACCAGUGCCUGUUACUGGAGCCACUGCUCAGGCCCCAGGUACAACACCCAGCCAGGCUUCCCUCCCUCGCUUUGGAUCAGCCGCACCAACUCCCAACACCUUCGGCAGCGCUCCAUCUCCCGCUGCAAUGCAGCCUACCACGCCAGCUUUUGCGACAUCUACUCCAUCUAAAGAAGUUACGGAUGCUUUCUUCAAGACUGUAUUUGCCAAGAAGACCCAACCUCCCGCAACACCCCCUUCUGUUGCUGCUUUCUCUUCUACUCCCGCAAAUACGCCGCCUGCUCCAAGCUUUGGCAAAGCUGUACCGCCUUCAUCUUCUGCAGCUGGUGCUACGACAACCGCUGUUCCUCUAACCGCAUCUGAUGAUGCAGCGACCACACAGGCGAAAGCAAAUGCCUUCUUCUCGGGACUAUUCAAGAAGUCUGAAUCAGGGCCGGUCGCCAGCACGCCAAAGAUUGAAGAACCAAUACCUGCUCCGGUGGUGCCCUCGACGCCCGUGAAGGGAAAAUCGCCGGCCACGGUGGAACCUAGUAUCUCUACCACGCCUCCUGGACCUCCGCCUGCAUCGAAAUCAAAGGAAGAAGCCAAGACUGUACAGGACCACUCCAACGCAUUGGCCGCAUUCGCUAUGAAAGCGGCAGACAAAUCGUCUUCAGAGCUUGCGACACUGUCUCUGGGUAAUAAAGCUGCCGAUGCGGCUGUUAAGAGAAAGGAGGCGGAGCAGAGUCGAAAAACCGAAGAAGCUGCUGCUGUCGAAGCGGAGGGCAAAUCCGCCGAGGCAUUCAAGGCAUUUCGAACUCAAGAUCCAUUCGAGCGAUUCAAGACAGCACCAGCCCCCUCAUGGCUUGAUGCACCGCGGGAGAAGGCGGACUGGGAGAUUAAGCUGGAUGAGGCGAGGAAGAAACGGGAAGCAGCGGGCGCACAGACUGAAUUCGACAACUCUGCUUUCACGAGCGCUCAAAUUGAAGAACGGCGGAGGCAGAGAGCUGAAGAGCAUCAAUUAGAGCAUGAUGAUUCCGACGAGGAAGAGGGAGAGGAAAAGGAAGAGGACAAGAAAAAAGAAACCUCGGACACAGAGGAAAAGGAAGAGAAAUUCCCUGAGGAGAAACUGACAAGCAAGGAACCGGUUCAGAAGGAGUCUUCGGCAGCAAAACCGACGUCGAUUGGCACUAAACUUGAUAGCAACCUGUUGGGCCUUUCACUUGGAUCGCCUCCAUCUAAAGAGCUGCCAGUAUCUGUGGGAGAGAAGUCUUCGCCCAAGGCUGCCGAAAUUUCAAAACCUGCAAGUGUUCCUUCAACGGGCCCUACUACCAAUCCUCCUCGCCUUUCCCCUAGUCCUACAGCUAUAGCCGCACAGACGUCUGGUGGGAGUUCACCACGAUCGCUGCCCCCGAUUUCGCGCCCUCCUUCCGCUUUUGCACCCAUCAAGAGUUCUCCCCUUGCCACCGCAACAGUCGUCGCCAACGAACCCAUUAUACCCGCUAAGGCACCAUCUACAUCACUCAGUUUCAAUCUCGGUAAGAAGGCUCCGGCCAACAAGCCGCCAGCUUCGUCGAAGUUAGACGAAGUGAGAAAAAUACAACCGGAGGAAGUUUUGACUCCUUCGGCUACGCUUCCCUUACUUGGUCAGCUCUCCUUGUCCACCUCGAAGGAAGGGUCACCGGUCACCAAGCCUGCGCAGCCCUUGAAACCAAACCCAAUGGGAGGAUGGCCAGAAGACCCGGUGCCUAAGUUCCGCCUGGAAACUUCUGUAUCGCCUGACAGCAAGGUGGAGAGCACUUCCCGAGAGCUGGAAAAAGCCCGGCUGGCUAUUGACGAAGGCCUGCGCCAAAUACGUGCGACUGUGGAGAAAUGUCGUGCCUAUCAUGAAUUAUUGAAAAAACCAUCGCCUAAUAGUAAAGGCCUCGAGCAGCUCACUGAAACAAAACGCUGGAAUUUCGCGGACUUGAACUCAUUGAAGGCCAGCGUGAAUGACGUGCUGGCGGGUACAGGCCCUCUCAGAGAUAAAACCUUGCAGUACAGGCGAGCAUCUCUUGAGAUUGACUCCCUGGUUCUCAAAGCGGAGACAAAGAAAGAAGAGUGCGCAAGAUUCAAGCGGGCACAUGAUGACAAGGACUUUGAGUCUAUCAUGCGUGUUCCCCACUUAGGACCGGAGCAAAGCGAAAAUCAAGCGAAGCUUCGACAUGGGUCUCUUUUGGUUCACAAUCAGAUUGAGAGACUAGAAGAUUAUGUCGCCGGUGUUAGAGCCAAAGUCGUCCAGAGGAAGAACGGUGUGAAGCCUUUAACAGGUCCUACCUUAGAUACCGUCAAUCGCACGAUCCGUAAUUUGGACACUGCAGCCGCGACGGAACUCAUCACGCUGCAGGGAUUGAACGAUCGUCUCCAAGGGGCGAAAAGAAUUAAUCGUGCCCAUGCACCCCUUCAGCGGGGAACUGAAGAAAGUAUGGAUGCUCUCGGCACAGAGAUGUUGAACCUUCCGUCCACCACAGCUCAAGCUCAAUCUGCAUCCGCACCAUCGACUGUAUCCGCUACUCGCCUCAAGCAAGCGUUCCUUGCUACUCGCAUCACACCUCUUGUGAAUACUAUGGCCAGUCAAUUUGCCACUGCGAGGAAUCCUGCCAUCCUUGAGACCGAUCUCAGUCUGGCCCUCUAUAGCGGACCUUUGACGCUCCAUAUGGCACUUGCUGAAGAAGAGCUUGGCCAGUCUCUCAAGGAAUUAUCUCCACUGGCCACAAAGGAAAUCCAGGCCCUAGAAGCUCCGCAGUCAGUCGAACAGGCCACAGUGAAGAGAAUAGAGGUCAAACUGGAAGGAAAUACUCCAAUUGUCGAACAAGAAACGGAAACGACUGCCGUGCCCUUCAAUAUUUCUGGACCUCUCCCAGCCGGGUGGGAAGCGUGGAAAAAUGCCCCCUACAAACCGCUAACGAUUGACCCUUCGUUACGUACAUCCCGACGGGCGCCUAGGCACGCAUUGAGCGAACGGUCUGCUCUGAAAAGCACAGAUGUAUCUAAGGAACCAGCACAUGGAACAUUGGGUCCUGCUUCCCAAAGCCCAGCCCCUAUUCCCAACACGGCAGAUCUCAGCGCGAAUGAAACAGGCUCAAGUGCUUCAGGCGCCCCGAAGCCUCCUAUUUGGCCCUCUCUUAUACCAGCCACAAGCACUGUAGUGCCGCCUUUAGGAUCGAUCCCGCCACUAGCUCGAAAGGAUUUCCUUGGCUCUUUGCCACCCGUCAAGAAGGAUAACAUACCUGUUUCCCAACCUACGAAGCCAAUCAGUAUCAAACCUACUGUGUUCAUGCCUUUGAUGGGCAAACAGACCCAAGUCCCUACAGCAGAAGAACUACGGCAGAAAGCACAGCUUGCUUGGGGCAAUCUAGGCUCUUCGAGCGACUCUGCUUCGAAGGACUCUGCUUCGAAGCCAUCCCUGAGUUGGGACCCUUCGAAGUUCUUGUCACCUGCAUCGUCCAGCUUAGCUCCAGCUGCGCCACUGCAAAUUCCUGCGGCUUGGAAGGCCGUUUUGAGUGCCCCAGAUCCAACGAAAACGCCAUCGAGCGGGCCAGGGAGCGGACCACCUUCGAAGACAGCAAUUCCUGUGGAAGAGCCGCAGCGCCCCGAAAAUCAGCCUAGUCCCUCCGUCACGUUGAACACACAACCCGCAGAAGGGUCAGCGAAAGACGUGCAGGCAUCUGUGCGUCACUCUUCUCUAGGGGCGGUUAGUGAUGCGUCAAAUGCAACUCCCAUGGCGGUCGCCGCACAAUCAAAGGCGUCCCACUCCCCACCUUUACCAAAGGUUGCGCCGAUCACCAGUGCCCCUUCCAUAAGCCUGCCAGAAAGUGUGGUCAAAGUGGAUGAAACGAAAACUACACCCUCCAAGGCCUUCGACUUCGCGUCGCUUACAAAGAACGCCGUCACCUCCGCCAACCCAGGAGCUCCAUCCUUCUCAGAACUUGUCAAAAUAUCUGAGCUAUCAUCAUCAACAACCAACGCAGCACCUAAGGCAGCCACGAACACCGUGGCGGAGGCAGAGGCGCCCAAAACUCCACCACCCCGUCCCAGUCCCAAUCUUGCGCAGAUGAAUGUGCGUUCCCCUCCACUACAAGCGAUGUUCGGAAGUAAAUCAUCUUCAUCUCAACAAUCUGUUACCGUUUCGGAGGAUUCUACAGCACCCCUUCUGUCGCUGCCGCCAGCUCCAAUGAAGUCUGCAUUUGGUCCUGGCGGAUCUGGUAUGGCUUCUUCACCCAAUCCGUCAGCUUCCAGUAAGUCAGCCUUUGGACCUAGUGGGUUUGGACUGCGUGCUCCCCGCCCUCCUGCGACAACAACCGGAUCUAGAUCUGCUUUUGGUUCUGGUGGAAGCGGUGCCCCUACCCCCUUGCAUGAAGACACCAAUCCGCCUGGCAUCCAGUCUCCCACGCCAGCGCCUGUCGGAGGCACCUUCGGGAUGCAUUCAGGUGGUGCGUCCGGCGCAUUUGCCCAUUCUUCCGCGCCUCGAAGCAUCUUUGCAAAGCCAGAGGGUUGGACGUCUUCAGCAUGCAGCAACAACACAGGCAAUGUUUUCAAGCCCGUAACUGUAGUACCCACCUCAAGCAGUCAGAGCGGUAGCUCCGAUUGGGCGAAGCGUUUCGGACACCUGCAAAACGCCACAGACGAAGAAGAAGAGGACGCCGAUGGGGACCCGGAUCCCAGCACAUCGCAUGGUAAUUACUCAGAGGUGGACUAUCGCGGACAGGCCACCGAACUGUCUGAUCUCGAGGAGGCCGAGGAGGAGUACGAAGUUGUUGAUGAAUAGUUACGACGCUUGUAGAUAUACCUCUACAACCAGAUCUCCUAGUCUCUCUGCAAUUGAUUUUACAUCA